UCAAGAAAAGCAUUGCCAAACAAAUGCUAUUAAAGGAAAUUUCGUUUUUGAGAGAGGAAUUGACUCAAUUACGGAACGAGAAGGAUGAUGUUUCGAAAACAAGCUCGAUUCCAGUUAAUGAAAGUGGAGCUGGUUGUUUGAACACAGUGACUUCGUUGGGUGAUGUAGGCGAAACACUUUUGGCAAGCGUUAAUAAUAUGUCACUCUGCACAGUGCAUAUCCCCGAAUGUGUUCCGUCAGUUGGAGUAUCGGAUAUCGAUAAAAAGGGCUAUGAGUAUUGGAAAAAUAUUCUGGUAGCAUCUUUAAAUUUGAUACAAGCAAAUGAGGAAAGAAUCAAAAUGGAUAUAUUCAAAAUUAAAGCUGGGUCAAAGCUGUUGGAGUUGUUCCAAAAAACGAAGUCGGCAGAAGACAUGCUUAAUGAAACAACUCAUCCGUUUUCAAAUGCAAUUGCUCGAUUAGAUUGCUAUUUCGGAUCUAGGGCUUACACACUUUCUCAACGAAGUAAGCUCUUAAAUACAGUGCAGUAGGCUGGAGAAACAAAUUUACAAUUUAUUCGACGUGUAGCAACAGCAGCGAAACUAUGUAGCUACGACAAAGAAGACGACGAAAUGGAAGCAGUGGCACGCACGGUUAUUAAAAGUUCUAGUGAUAAACGUGUGCGCACAUUAGCUCAUCGAAAUUGGGUGCGACAAGGUUCGUUGAACGAUUUAAUCGACCUUGUACGAGAAUACGAAAUCGAGGUAGCAAACGAUGAAGAGUUUCAAAAGAUGCGUCAACCGCAAAGAUCGUCUUCAAUUGCUACAAUUACCACUAAUGUGAGACAGAGAGGACAAUUUCAAAGACAUUUCACCGGUAGACUCAACAAUUCAAGUUGAGGAAGAGGAAUGUAUCGUGGUCUAGGCCGCAAUCAAGGAUCAAAGGGCGAUGUUUGUUGGCGCUGUGCAAGUAUUUACCAUACUCCAGAUAUAUCCGCGUAAAGAAAAAAAUUGCCACAUCUGUAGGCAUCAGGGUCAUCUUGCUCGUUGCAGCAGCUCUCAAAAUCAAAUAAGUGACGCAACUAAACGAUGCGGUGAAAUAGAUGACGAAGUACCUCCUCGGAAAAUUGCAGCUAUCGAGAACAAAGAGGAGACAAAUGAAUAUAAAUCCAUUGAUGUAAGUGAAAUAGACUGAUUUCUAAGUUAUGAGUUAUUUAUAUACAAAUAAUAAUAAUAAUAAGAAAAGAAAUAAGUUUGUUGAAUUAUUGCUUGAAUUGGAAUAAAAGAAACACGAAAUUAGGCCGAUAUUGAUUUCCAGAACCGAAGUCAUUUUAUUCUUAAUAUAUGUUAGAUUUCUACAAGCAAGAUGAAAUUAAUUCGGCGAUCGUUUCUUCGCCGCAAGACAAUUACUGUUAGAAAUGCAUAGCAAAAUUAAUUCUAUAGCCUGUGUACUGUAUAGGGUUUUUUCAAUAUCGACUCAAGGAAUAAUAAUAUCAGAGAAAUAAAGUUGCAUUCCUUCACUCCUCCAUUUCAGAUAAAAUCGCCUUCACAGACUGAAAUAGCAGUCGUUGACAAAGUCGUUUCUUUGUCUGUGAAUUAUCUAACGGAAGAGGAUGCUUUCGUAGUUGGGCGUGUGGCUGGUUCACGUGUAGUAUUCUUUAUAGAUUCUGGGGCACAAGUCAAUACAGUAACAAAAAAGCAAUUCGAGAAAAUGUUUAGUAAAGACUCCACACGUAAGAAAUUAAUAGAUCUAAGCUAUACGUCGGAUACACGGCUUAGAAGCUACGCUGCGUCUACCAACAUCAAUGUAAUUGCCACAUUCUCAGCAGAACUUUUUAUCUCGACAGAUAGACCCGUAUAUGUUGAAAAAUUCUUUGUGAUUGAUAAAGGAAGAGCUUUGCUUGGAUUCAACACAGCCUCGUGAUAUUGUGUUCUAGUCGUAGGAUUAACUAUACCAGUUAUUGAUACAUUUUGGCCUUGUGAAUUCGCAGCAGUUAAUGCAAUUAACAGCGAGCCAUUAAACGAGUUUCCAAAGUUUAAUGUACCUCCGGUGAUCUUGUAUUAUGAUAAAGAUAUGCCUCCGGCUAGGAACGUCUAUACUCAUAUUCCUAUGGCAUAUAGAGAGCUUGUGAAGCGUAAAUUACAUGAAAUGUUGAAAUUGGGAAUCAUUGAGGUUGUAACAGAUGAUAUGGAUCGUUCAUUCUGUUCUUCACUUUUGGCCGUACCGAAAGGGUAAUGUAUACGUCUAGUCGUAGAUCUUAGAGGACCAAAUAAAUGUGUUAACAGAACGCCAUUCAAAAUGCCAUCAUUUGAGGAGAUAUUGAUGGAUCUCCAUGGAGCCAAGUGGUUUACAACCAUCGAUUUAAAAAAUGCAUUCUUUCACGUAGUUUUAGAUGAGAGCUGUCGUCAUCUGACAAAUUUUUUCUCAGGCGAAUCUAUGUAUAGAUGUUGUAGGCUUCCAUUUGGCCUUUGCAAUGCCCCUGAUAUCUUUCAGGAGAUUUUGCAAUCAACUAUCCUUUUAGGAUGUAAAGGAGUUGUUAAUUAUUUAGAUGAUGUGCUUAUUUUUGGAAACACAAAGGAAGAACACGAUGAAAGUCUUAAAGAGGUAUUGGCACGACUACAAGUCCACAACGUUCUUAUUAAUAUGGAUAAAUGCACCAUAGGUCAGCAAAAGGUAUCGUUUUUGGGCUUCAGAUUAUCUGGAGAUGGUUGGGGUAUUACUGAAGAUAAAAUUCAAGCAAUUCAAACCUUCCGGAAGCCACAAAAUCAGACUGAAGUAAAGAGUUUCUUGGGUUUAAUCAAUUUCAUUUAAAGAUGUAUACCCCAGCGCGCAGAUAAUACUCUAAAUCUCAGGAAACUAGCUAAAGCAGAUCGUUUUGAUUUAGAAGCAAUGCUUGGAAAGUAAUACAAACAUUAGGCUACUACAAUCGAGACGAUAAAACUGAACUCUUUGUGGACGCUUCGCCCCACGGAUUGGGAGCCGUUCUUGUACAAUUUGAUUCUAAUGCGAAAUCUAGAGUAAUUGCAUGCGCUUAGAAAGCACAUUCGGAUACCGAAAUGAAAUAUCCACAUACACAAAAAGAAGCUCUAGCAUUGGUGUGGGGAGUUGAGAAAUUUUCCGCAUAUCUCAUUGGUAUAGAGUUCAUCGUAAGAUCAGACGCAGAAUCAAAUGAAUUUAUAUUUGGUGGUAUGCAUCGCAUCGGAAAAAGAGCAAUUUCUCGAGCUGAGGCCUAGGCACUGAGGUUGCAAUCGUAUAAUUUUAAAGUAAAACACAUACCUCGAAAUGAGAAUCUGGCAGAUGCAUUAUCAAGAUUGACCUUGAAUUCGCAACCUACAAAACCAUUUGACGAUGCUGCCGAACGCCAUCUGCUUUUUCUACUUGAUGCAGGAAUAAUGAAUCUAUCGUGGAAUGAAAUCGAAAUGCAAGCAGAGUUGGAUGCUGAGCAAUUAGGAAUACGACAAUCUCUUCAAGCAGGUCUUUGGAAAAAACGGCAUCGUUGUUACGAGUCUCAAGCUAAAAAUCUCAGAAUUUUAGGAUCGUUAAUUUUCAAGGACGAUCGUGUAAUUUUACCGCAACAACUUCGAAAUAAAGCGUUCAAAAUUGCGCACCAAGGGCACAUGGGAGCAGCAUCCAUGAAGAGAAUAUUAAGAAAUCAUUUCUGGUGGCCUGGACCUAGCAAAGAUGCAGAAACCCACGUAAAACAAUGUGAAACAUGUUUGAGGCUUUCUCGGAAAAAUGCACCAUUACCACUAACAAGCAGAGUUCUACCACAAGGGCCAUGGGAAAUAUUACAGAUAGAUUUUUUCACUGAUCAAGAUUUCGACAACGGCGAAUUUCUGGUAAUUGUGGAUACGUAUUCUCGCUACUUACAUGUCGUGGAAAUGGACCGAAUAGAUGCUGAAGCCACCAAUGAAGCUCUCAUGCGUGUAUUUGAAGUAUGGGGCUAUCCAUUAGCAGUUCAUAGCGACAAUGGUCCGCCAUUUCAAAGCGAUAAAUUUGUUAAGACUUGGGAAGAUAGAGGAGUAAAUAGUCGAAAAUCUAUACCCUUAUGUCCACAGUCAAAUGGAGUCGUUGAAAGGUAUAAUAAGGAUGUAAAAGAAACUCUGGCGGCAUCUAAAUUGGAUAAAAGUAAUUGGAGAACGGCGCUGGACAAGUAUUUAUACAUGCAUAAUAAAGUGAGGCCUUUAUCACGACUAGGUGUAACGCCCUUUGAGCUGCUUGUAGGAUGGAAAUGCAGGGGUACGUUUCCGUUCUUGUGGAAAACACCGGAAAAUGUAGACCGAAUAAAUAUAAGAGAGAAGGAUGCACUUUCUAAACUGGAAAGUAAGAAAUAUGCUGAUAAGAAACGGGGAGCCAAAAUCUCCGUUAUCGCGGUUUGUGAUAGAGUGCUGAUUGCACAACGAAAAAGACACAAGUCAGAUCAUACUUUUUCUGCAGACAGGUUUACUGUGAUUGCUAGGGAUGGUGCAAAAGUCGUCAUACGAAGCGAUCGUGGAGUUCAAUAUUCUCGGAACAUUCAAGACGUUAAAAAAGUAUUUACAUACUUGCAAACAGAACCAGAAAUCAUCAGCGAAGAAAUCGAAGAGGAGAAUAAUUCAUUAUUAGACGUUGCCGAAGAUACUCAACAGCGUGAAAGUCAACACGAUGUCGACUGGCACACGCUUAUAUCGGAUAGUAUAGAAGAUACAUAUGAUACUUUAUCAACAAGACCUAGAAGAAUUAUAAAAAAACCAAAUAGAUUUAAGGAUAUGAUUCUAUAUACAGUUUUUGAAUAAAGAGUAGGAACAAAGGGUAUU